AUGUUGCCGAGCUCCAAGGACCGUGUGAAGCACGUGAUUGCGGCUGUUAACAUGUCAGAUAGUGGGCAGUCGCGGCUCGUCGUGGUGGUGGACCACAACAAGAUUCAUCCCGCGAUCCUCGAUCAAAUCUUGCGGGCUCAAAGCAUCGCCUAUGACAGGCGGGACCAACCUCGUGAGCUGGAAGUGGAGAAUGAUGGAUUUGAAGAUGGGGAGUUCUUGCCCCCUCCACCUCCUGCUGAGGCUCCCCAACAUACUGCCGAAGCGGUGAGCUUGGCUGGACCUAAAGGUGUACAACUUGCGAACGAGGAGCGAGAAGCGGAAAGACUGCUGAGAGAGACUUUACGGUCCGAAGACCAAUACCGAAAUGUCCGGUCAAGGCGCAAUACGCCAUGUCUCUCUGGAAUUCGGAGCCAUGUUGCUGCGCUAUCCACGUCCAGCGCUUCCAUUGGCGAUGCACGAGACGCCUUCAAUGAUCGCUCCGGCGAGAGUGCCCCAGCCGCGGAGCGGAGUUUUGGGGAGGCACUCAUGGCGCGUCCACGCUCCGAUCCCGAUCCUGCUGAUGAGCAUAGAAGAGUGCGCUUGCGCAUGGAGGGGGCCGCACACGAGCAAAGAGGGGUCCUUCGAGAAGCGGCGGCGCGAGAGGUGCCCAUUUGCGGACAGGCCUCGAGAUGGAGCGAGAGAGACGGGGGGCUGUGGGGUCUUGAGGUGGUGUUGGGCAAACAGUUGGUAACCCUCGAGAACGCGAAAGAGGCGUUUAGGGGGGUGCGGUCGGAACAAGCUAGUGUGCACACGGCAUUGGAGGGGGCAGAAGGGAAGGCGGAAGAGGACGAGCGACGAUUGGCUAGUUGGAAGCGAUUGGCAGACGCGGUUAUUGAUACGAUGGAUGGGAAGAAGGAGCUGGAGGUACGCGACGAGAGUGGACGGACGAAGCGAUUAGUGGGAAAGGAGCUUGAGCUAGCUUUUGAGUGGAAUAAGAUUGUUGCGGCAGUUGAAGCAUUUCAGAUACAUAUCAAAAGACCGGGAGGUUGGAAGGGAGUGUACCUCUGA